UAGCGCGCCAACCGGCGGCUUUUAUAUUUGUUUUUCGCGCUUUUCGCUAAAAACCGACGAUGAUUUUUUUGUUAAAUUUAUAACAGUUGCUUUGUUGCUUUAUGCAGUUUUAGUACAAAUUAAUGUAAAAAUAAUAAUCCUGUAGUGAUGAUUUUACGAUGAGGAAACCGACACGAGGCCGACAAGACUAAAGAUUCAGCAAUUUCCUUUGUUCUUUCAAGUUUUUUAAUAACUUUUAGAAUGUCUUUUAACAAAAAAUUGCAAAGUAGCUAUAUUAUUGAGACUAAGCCGGCUGGUUGCUUAGGCUUAAAACCGAAUACUUUGAAAAAGCUCAAAUCUAUCACUGGGCAUAUUGGUUUACUAGCCACUUUGGUGAUUUACACCUUUAUUGGAGGAAUAAUAUUUCGUCAAAUUGAACUGCCAUCCGAACAGAUAAAACUAGAUGGAUUAAAAGCGGAUCUACUGCAAAAAAGACAAGAACUACUCAAUAAUAUCAAUGCAACAAGCUCAGAAUGGGAAGUGGAAUAUCUACAACCAUACGAGAAAGCAGUGGAAAGCGCCACAAGAGCAGGUCUUUCAAUGGAACCGUUCAAGUUGGGUGAGGAGCCAUGCUUUGCUGAUCGAUGGAGUAUUCUCCAAGCGGUUUUCUUUGCAAGCACAAUCUUAACUACUAUAGGUUACGGGAACGUAUUCCCAUCGACAUUUUUGGGACGAAUAUUUUGCAUUCUGUUCGCUUUGAUUGGCAUCCCACUGACUUUAACCGUUAUCGCUGACUACGGUAAAUUAUUCGCCAAGGGUGUAAGCGCCUUGGCUAAAAAAUCUCGCACGAAAAUGCCGUCGUGCUUGAACUCCUGUAUGCCAGCAAACCAAGCUGGAAAAAAUACACUAGGAGCUUUAGGCGCGGUGCUGCUUUUAUUCAUAUACCUCGCUUGUGGCGCUGGCAUCUUUAAGCUCUGGGAAAACGAAUGGUCGUUGUUCGAAGCAUUUUACUUUUGCUUUGUUACGAUGACUACUAUUGGCUUCGGUGACGUUGUGCCUACAAAACCAAAUUACAUGCUGUUCUGUACCGGUUACAUUUUAAUCGGACUCGCACUUACCAGCACAAUUAUCGAAUUAGUGCGGAUGCAAUACGCGGAUUCGUGGAAAAAACUACAAUCUCUGAGUGGACCACUCGCCGAUACUCUUAGAAAACUUGGCGAACAAGCUGGCGGUGAUAUGUCAGCGUUACAACAUGAUCUCAAACGCGUAUUCCAAGUCAUCUCCAUGCCACGACGUCGAAAGAGCGGCGUAGAAAAUCGCGAAAUCAAAGACAGCGAGUGGGAAGCGGCAGUCGAGGCUAUUCUACGAGAUAUUGCAAAUUCUAAAGCUAAACCAGAACCGAGAAAAUCUAUAGUGCAGAUUAUUAUUUACGAAUCAAGUGUUUGAAAUGCAAGAUUAAUUUCUUUUUUCUAUGACGAUAUGCCAUUUUAUAAUGCCAAAACAAUGUUUUUUAAAGAUUUUCAAAAAGUCAUCAGAAAGCGUUCAAAAAUACGUAACUGUAUUAAUAAACAACAUUUUACUUUUUUAUACAAAAUUUACAUAAAGAAUAAAUAACUCUUAAUCUGAA